AUGGCUCAGAUGGUGCACAUCGCUGGAGCCGAGACGGCACUGGCCAUGUGGGAGCAGCUCCGCACAGUCAAGGAACAGCGUGGACAGCAUGGAAUUCUCGCGCUGUGCCGGCGUUUUUACCGGAUGCAAGCCAAGGAAGAAGACAAUAUCUCCAAUCAUAUCACACAGUUGCGACAGAUCCAGGAACAACUCCACCUAAUGGGGAAGGUUGUUUCUGACGAGGAUUUCCGGCUCAUCCUGGCCACUUCAUUACCGGAGAGCUGGGAUUCUUUCCUCAGCUCUUACUUUGGCGCUGAAGGCACUGACAACGUGCGCCCUCAGCUUACAUCACAAGAAUUGAUUGCCAUCAUUCUUGAUGAAAAUAGGUGA